AUGGAUCCAAAUCCUGUUGAACGGGAGAAGUCUGUCGUGUCCUCUCCAACUCGACUCGGCUCAACUCAACUCGACCCAACUCAACUCAUUAGAGUCUACUCUACAUCUACACCAAAAGCAAAGUAAAGAAAAGAAAGAGAAGAGAAAAGAAAAGAAGAGAGUCCGACUGUCCGAGUCAGAGUCACUGAGAAGAAGAAGAAGAAGAAGAAGAAGAUAUACGAGAGAGAGAGAGAGAGAGAAAGGAAGAUACUCACUCAAACCCUAGAACCACAAUCAAUGGCCCAAGACGAGGAACAGUCUUCCGAUCUCUCCAGAAAUGUUUCCUUUAGCAGACUCAACGCCCAGGCUCCCGAGUUCGUCCCUUCUCCCCGCUCCGAUCUCCACCCGAUCCCUCCUCCUCCGCCUCCGCCUCCCCCUGCUCUCCAUCUCUAUCACUCUCACGCUCCCUUCCACGUUCCAAUUCGUCCUCAUCCCCAUCCCCAUCCCCAUCCGAUUCCGAUUCGAACUCACCAUCCUCAUCACUUGCCUAUUCACUAUCAGCAGCCGCAGCAUCAGCAUCACUACUACUCCGACCAAGACCUUCCCAUUCCACAGCCUCCUCCUAAGCCAUCUUCUGAUCACUCUGCCUCCUCCUCCUCCAAGAAUAAGCAGCCGCAACAGCAGCUUUCCGAUGAGGCUACUCUCAAGCUUUUGAAUCAGGUGGAGUACUAUUUCAGCGACUUGAAUUUGGCAACUACUGAUCAUCUAAUGAGGUUCAUCAACAAAGAUCCUGAAGGAUUUGUGCCAAUAUCUGUUGUUGCAUCUUUUAAGAAAAUUAAGGCGCUCAUCAAUACUCAUGCCCAGCUAGCAACUAUUCUGCGCAACUCGUCAAAGCUCGUGGUUAGUGAAGAUGGAAAGAAAGUUAGACGCAUCCAUCCACUGACUGAGUUGGAUAUGGAAGAGUUGCAAUCUCGCAUUAUAGUUGCUGAGAACUUGCCUGAGGAUCAUUGCCAUCAAAACCUCAUGAAGGUUUUCUCUUCUGUUGGGAGUGUAAAGACAAUCCGGACUUGCCAGCCACAGACUUCCAAUGGAGGAGGAUCUUCUGCAGCAUCAAGAUCAGCAAAAUCUGACAACAUGCUCUUCAGUAACAAGUUGCACGCGUUUGUUGAAUAUGAGUCAGUUGAGCUAGCUGAGAAAGCUGUUUCAGAGUUAAAUGAUGAAAGGAACUGGAGGAGUGGUCUAAGGGUCCGCUUAAUGUUUAAGCGCAUGUCAAAACCUUCUCAGGUCCGAGGAAGAAGGGGCCAGGAAGGAGACGUGCAAUGUGAGGAAGAGGAUGCUUGUGCAGCUGAGCAACCAGUGAAUGGAAAGGUAGUAGAAGAUGCUCCUCAGCAGUCCGAUGGCUAUUCACACGAUCACGUAGGGGAAGAGCAGCAUGGGAACGAGAAGGAAGGUGGGCAGAAAAAAGGGCGCAGUCGGGGACGAGGCAAGGGGCGUGGAAGAGGACAAUACCACCACAACAAUCGUGGAAAUAACAUGGCAGGGACUUCGCCAUCAAAUAAUUUAGUUGGUAUGGAGGCAGGUGUAACCAAGCAGCCCCCACCUCCUGGUCCGCGUAUGCCGGAUGGCACUAGAGGAUUUGCGAUGGGACGGGGAAAGCCAGUCGCUGUUAAUAUUGCAUAAAGACUGGGGAUUAUUAGUCAUUAGAUAGAGAGAGGUGGUUGUGUGUGUUUGACCGCUCUGUUAUGUAUGGCUAUGGUCGGUGAGAUUAGGGUGGUGGUGGUGGUGGUGGUGUACAAGGACUAGUCUGCGCUUGGCUUUCGAUCCUUGCUACUUAGUUGGAGCAGGGUUGAAUGUGUCGGUUCGAGCGUACUCUAUUCUCUCAAUUCAGGCGAAGGUGAGGCCAAAGAAAUGUGGUUUUGGCUGCCGACUUUCUCUCUCUAUUUAUUUAUAUUGCUGCCAUUUAUGUAGAAAAAAAGGAAAAGAAAAAGAAAAAGGAAACAAAGGAAACAAUUGAGAGUGCCCAAUAGUAAUAAUAAUAAUACCUAUAUAGAUUGAGAAAAAAAAAACAAAAAAAUAGAGUGAAGAAAUGACAUUGAAAAACAAAAUAUGGAUACUUUUAUAUCAUUGCCGACUUGGCUCUGCACACCCUUCUUUCUCAUUAUUCCUGCUCAACCCACCACCACACAUCCACCUGUGCACUUCUCUAUUAGACAAUAUUAAUCUUUACUUGUUAUGUACUGUGUUUUUUUCAUCACAAAAACACACCAAAUUUUGUCAAUAAUUCUUUUUAAUAACAUUCUAUAUAGAAUCCUUACUGCUUUUCUUUAUUAA